AUGGCUAGAGUGCUUCGCUUUUUGCCACUUGUUCAGUGGUUCCGUUGUCUGCCUCUCCAUCGAUCUCGACAAGAAGGAUGGCCGCGGCAGGUGUCUCCAGUAGCGGAAGCGGCGGAUCCCUUUGCGGUCCUCUCCCCCGCCUGGCCCACCGGAUCAGUGGCUGACGAACGGAACCUCAUCUGGGGCUGCCAGAUCUUCACUGUGCUUCUCUACCUCGACCGCGCCACUCCGCCGGAGAGAAUCGCUUCCUCCGCCGAAGCCGCCGGGGGCAAGCAGAAGGCGUCUCGGCUCCGCCACGUGGCGGACUGGCAGUGGCGGCCUCCGCUUCGUCCUCUCCCGCCGAAGGGAGCGAUUCCUUCGAGUGACCUCCUUCUCGGAAGCAGAAUUGAGCUUCGCUGCCAAGUACCCCGCUUUAGUCACCGGAUUCUUCUUCUUCAUGUGGUACUUUGUUUCAGUGAUCCACUUGCUCGUUGGCCUGUUGUACUGUUUGGUGAGCUGGAGCGUUGGCCUUCCCAAGCGCAACUUGCAGUCUGCCAUGCUCUUGGCCGUGUCACUAGCUAUGUGUCAUUUGAUACCGUUGCAGUCUCAUUUACUCACACAAUCAAAGCUUUGGAACCCUUCUUUAAUGCAGCAGCUUCCCAGUUCAUACUUGGACAACAAAUACCAUUUGACGCUCUGGUUAUUACUAGCUCCAGUUGUGAUUGGUAAUUUACUACCCUAGUGCUAGUGUAUGUUUAUAUCAAUUGGACAUAUAAAUCAAAGUGCUGCUUAAGUGUGCCCGAGUACUAGUUAAAAUAGGUCAGCAUCCUCAAGCAAUCUUCUGUAUACAUAUUGGAAAUGCAUAUUCUGAGUGUUGGUGCAGCGAGGUCGGUAAGAGGGCACAGUGUCUGUAAACAAAAAUAAGAACUUUUUUCUAUUUCUCCAACUAA